AUAUAGACCUUCGCAUAUUGUCCAGCACAAGGUAAGGUAGAACAGCCCACUGCUCAUAACAGCGUAGCCCACUACUCAAUUCAAUUCUCAUCACUCUCUCUCUCUUUCACUUCAAUUCAACUUUCGUUCAGCGUCCCAAAAAAAUAAAGAAAGAAGGAAUUAAGAUUCUUGGCUCAACUUUCUUCUUCCUUCAAACUAAAACCUGGUUCAGUUCUUCUUCUUGCGGAUCAAACUCAUUGAAUUUGUCUGAGGCUGAGGGAAUGAUGUUUGGGUAUUUAGGUAUUUGUGCAGAGAAGCUUUGUUUAUUUUGCGCAAGAGUACGAGCAUUCAUUCCACCGUUUUUGUCUUCUCUCUUUUCUUGGAACUUCAAUGGCCAAAAAUAUCUAACCCACCUUCAGAAGCUUGACCAGAUUGAUCAACCAAGAUGGGAGGACUUACCUCUGGACUGUUUGGUGAUUGUGUUUGGAGGAGUUGGUAUGAGGUCGUUGCUCUUAAAUGUUCCUUUUGUGUGCAAGUCAUGGCACAGGGCGAGCCUCGACCCUUCAUGCUGGCAACGUCUCAUUUUUAUUGACACUGAAACUGAGAUGGACCUUGAAACUCGUCAAUUUUGGUGUUGUGAUAAUGAAAUUGAAGCUGAUAUUGACAUUGAAUCUGAUCGUCGCUGUUUUGAGGCAUUGAUGAAUAGAUUUGCAUGUCAAUAUGGAAUGGAUGAUAGUUCUUUUUCUGACACUGGAUUUAUAAAGUUCGUAUUCAAUCGUAGCAGAGGACAUGCAACUUUCCUGAGGCUACCUGGAGUCUGUCCAGAAGCUGCAAUGAAAUAUGUUGGGGAUGUGUGUCAUGGACUCAAGGGUUUGUCUUUGCCUAGACGUUUACUGCUUUGUUCACCAAGCAUCGUUGCAGAACUGAUUGGUAAGUGCAAACAUUUGGAGUUGUUGUCUGUUGGGGGCAGCCAUAAUUUCGAGGAGAUCCUUUUGCAGUUCAGCAUGGGCUGCUGCAAGAAUUUUCUCAACAUGGAUGUGCCAGCUGCUUUAAGGAAUAGGGAAGGGAAUAAGAAUGUUCCUGAUAUUAUUCCUAAUGUUAGCUUCUUAAGCAGCUAUAAUUUUGAGGAAAUCUUUUCACAGAUCCACAUUCACUGCAAGAAUUUUUGUGGUUUAAAUGUGUCGGGUGCUUUAAUUAGAAGAGAAGAUGUGUUGGCAAUUGUCAACUUGCUUCCUCAUAUUAAGUACUUAAUCUUGAGGAAGUCAUUUAUUGAUCGGGAUGAUCUUGCCACAUUACUUCAAGGCUGCGAAGAACUUGUGCUUUUGGAUGCAAGGAAUUGCUGUGGUUUUGAUGAAGGUGAUGUUGAAAUAUCAGUGCUUGCUUCUCAUAUUGGUAAGUUCAGCUGUGAGGGUUCUAGAAAUGUUGACCCUCUUCUGUGGUUGCGUAGUCACAAAUAUAUUUAGACAUUGAUGUGAGUGUGCUUUUCAAGCAAAGCAAAGCAUACCCUUAUUAGCUCAAGUGUUCCUUGUCCAGUUCUUUCUUAACGGGGUUCGAUAUUUUAAAUGCUCUUUCCAUGACAACGAAGUGAUUGAUGGUUGAGAUUGAGAAUUGUUUCCAUCGGGUAGUGACAGUUGAGAAUUGUAAUUCUGGCAACAUUGCAUUCAGUUUGUUGGUAGGUUUGAAGGGUUUAUGUAAUAGGAUACAGACUUGAACCUUGGGUUGUGUAAUUGUCUAAUAUAAUAGAUAUUAUUGUCUGA